AUGAGAUUGCAGUUCUCUUACUUGCCUCCUGUCCGUCUUGAUCAGCUUUCCAGACGUUAUGGAUCAGGGAGUAGUCUCUUGAACGACAAGCGCCACCGCUUACUUUGCAAUCGCAAUUCCUUGACUACCUCGUCGAGGGUCAAUUCAACAGGACGCCAAUCAGCGUAUACUGCAAAACCCAGGUCAGCGAUCACGAAGAGGACGUCUCUCAUGAGAUGUCAGCCACAUUCUUCCCAGUCCCCAUCCUCUACAGAUCGCCCAGCAGCCAUAACGGACAAUAACCCCGCAACACACUAUAUACCUCCCCAGAAAGGCUUCAUUGCUUCUCUUCCCGGAUCAUGGAUCCCGUAUGCUGAGUUGAUACGCCUCGAUAAACCUACUGGCACAUACUACCUCUUCUUCCCAUGUGUUUUCUCGACACUCAUCGCGGCACCCAUGGCAUCUGCCACACCCAUGCAGAUUCUUGGCACUACUGGUCUUUUUUUCACGGGUGCAUUAAUCAUGAGAGGCGCCGGUUGUGCGAUCAAUGAUUUAUGGGACAGGAAUCUGGAUCCGUAUGUCGAACGCACAAAAUUCCGGCCGAUUGCGCGAGGUGCCCUAUCCCCUAAGAAGGCAUUGGUUUUUACCUGUUCCCAACUUCUAGCCGGAUUAGCUGUCCUGCUACAAUUUCCCUCCCAGUGUCUCUGGUAUGGUAUUCCCAGCCUCCUGUUGGUGACGACAUAUCCUCUCGCCAAGCGCGUCACUUACUACCCUCAGGCUGUUCUUGGUCUCACAUUUUCGUGGGGUGCUAUCAUGGGAUUUCCAGCGCUGGGCGUCGAUCUUUUUAGCAACCAUGCUGCUUUGGAAGCUGCGGCAGCCUUGUAUUCUAGCUGUGUUGCUUGGACAGUGCUGUACGAUAUGAUCUACGCACAUAUGGACAUCAAAGACGAUGUCGCGGCGGGGAUCAAGUCAAUUGCCCUUCGGCAUGAGCAUAACACUAAGACAGUUCUUUCUGGCCUGGCAGCAGUUCAAGUAGCGCUGCUCGCUACUGCAGGAGUAGCAGCAGGUGCUGGACCCCUCUUUUACGUCGGCACCUGCGGCAGCGCAGCCGUUUCCCUCGGUAUCAUGAUAUGGAAGGUCCAAUUGAAGAAUGUGAAGAACUGCUGGUGGUGGUUCAAGAACGGAUGUUUGCUGACUGGGGGCGGCAUCACUUUGGGGAUGUUCUUUGAGUAUAUAGCUCAAACCACUGGCCUGUAUAAAAGCGAUAAUAACUUACAUUAA